AUGUGGAUCCCAGAAAUGCAAUGGGCCCAGGUCGCCGAAAAGGCUGGCGGUCCUCUGGUUUACAAGCAAAUUCCCGUCCCCAAGCCCGGGCCUGAUGAGAUUCUGGUCAAAAUCCGCUACUCGGGAGUCUGCCACACCGACCUGCAUGCUAUGAAAGGCGAUUGGCCCCUCCCCGUCAAGAUGCCCCUGGUGGGCGGACAUGAAGGGGCGGGUCACGUCGUGGCGAAGGGCGAAUUAGUCCACGGUUUUAACAUCGGAGAUGCUGCCGGCAUCAAGUGGCUGAACGGGUCAUGUCUCUCCUGUGAAUUUUGCAUGCAAACAGAUGAAUCCCAGUGCGAACAAUGCUCGCUCUCCGGGUACACAGUUGACGGCACUUUUCAGCAGUACACGGUCGGUAAGGCUGCGCAUGCCUCGAAACUCUCCCCAAACACUCCACUAGAUGCUGUCGCCCCGGUUCUGUGUGCAGGAAUUACGGUCUACAAGGGUCUGAAGGAGUCGGGCGUGCGUUCAGGCCAGACGGUGGCCAUUGUCGGAGCCGGAGGUGGAUUGGGCUCCCUGGCGGUGCAAUACGCUAAGGCGAUGGGCAUUUGUGUAGUCGCCAUUGAUGGCGGGGAUGAGAAGCGAGCUAUGUGCGAGCAACUGGGCGCCUCGGCAUUCGUUGACUUCACCAAAUCGAAGGACGUUGUCGCUGAUGUCCGAGAUGCGACUCCAGGAGGCCGCGGGGCUCAUGCGGUCAUUCUUCUGGCAGUCUCGGAGAAGCCUUUCCAACAGGCCACUGAAUAUGUCCGGUCGCGGGGAUCGGUGGUAGCCAUUGGCCUACCUGCUGGCGCCUUCCUCAAAGCCCCCGUCCUGAGCACGGUGAUCCGCAUGAUCAGUAUCAAAGGAAGCUAUGUCGGCAAUCGACAGGAUGGUGUGGAAGCGAUUGAGUUCUUCGAACGGGGUUUGAUCAAAGCUCCUUUCAAGAAGGCCUCGUUGAAGGAUCUUCCCCACAUCUUUGAGCUGAUGGAGCAAGGCAAGAUUGCUGGACGAUACGUGCUUGAAAUCCCGGAAUAA